CCUGCCCUCCCCGCGCAGCGCUGGCCCCGCCCCCCGCUGUCGGUCAGUCAGUCUCCCCCCCGAGCAUGGCGGAGGCCGCGGGAGCUGUCCUCCUGCUCUUCAUCUCGCUCUCCCCCCGGCCCGUCUCCCUCUGGCUGCUCGGCCUGCGCCCCGAGGACACGGUGGGCGGCCGGGUGUCUCUGGAAGGGGGGACGCUGAGGGCGGCGGAGGGCACCCGCUUCACCCUGCGGGUUUACUUCCAGCCGGCCGCCGCUCCUCCCGCGCUCCAGCCCCCGAGCUCCGCGGGGGUGAAUGUCAGCGGCGGCCCCUCCCCCCCGCGGCUGGUGUUCAUCGAGGAGCCGCGGGCCGGUGGCUCCUGCCAGGAUGAGGGCUCCUGGGCGUCGGAUGUGGAGGUUGUGGGGCCCCUGCAGGCUGGGCAGGGGGGCACCGCGGUGGUGGAGGUGGCUGUGCGGGAGCUGCGCAAGGGGGAGCGGGGCAAGCUCUUCUCGCUUUGCGCCUUCGACGGGCGGAGCUGGGAGCACCACGGCGGAGCGCACUUCGGGCUGGAGGUACGGGAGGCGGAGCCUGGCAUGCCAGGCUGGCUGCGUGUCAUGGCGGCGCUCAUGCUGCUGGCCCUCUCGGCGCUGUUCAGCGGGCUGCGGCUCAGCCUGCUCUCCCUGGACCCGGUGGAGCUCAGGGUUCUGCAAAACAGCGGCUCGGUGGUGGAGAAAGAGCAGGCCAGGCGCGUGCAAGAGGUGCGCAGCCGUGGGUCCUACCUGCUCUGCACCCUGCUCCUUGGUAACGUGCUCUCCAACGCCGCUCUGGCCGGAUGGCUGUGCUCCUCGCUGCCGGGACCCCUAUGGCUGCCCAUUGUGCUGUGCACUGUGUGUGUCUUUCUGGUUGGAGAGGUGGCCCCAUACUCGGUGUGCUCCCGCCAUGGACUGGCCAUUGCCUCCCGUACUGUGUGGCUCACCCGCCUGCUGAUGGCCGCUACCUUCCCAGUGUCCUUCCCGCUAAGCCGCCUACUAGACUGGGCCCUACGCCAGGAAAUUGGCACCUUCUACACCCGGGAGAAGCUGCUGGAGAUGCUGCGGGCUGCCGAUCCUUACAACGAUCUGGUCAAGGAGGAGCUGAACAUCAUCCAAGGGGCUCUGGAGCUUCGAACCAAGGCGGUGGAGGAUGUUCUGACCCCUCUAGGGGACUGCUUCAUGCUGCGCUCAGACGCAGUGCUUGACUUUGCCACAGUGUCCGAGAUCCUGCGCAGCGGCUACACCCGCAUUCCCGUGUAUGAGGGAGAGGAUCGAGCCAACAUAGUGGACAUCCUCUUCGUCAAGGAUUUGGCCUUCGUGGACCCCGAUGACUGUACCCCACUGCAGACCGUGACCCGCUUCUACCACCGGCCCCUUCAUUGUGUCUUUAAUGAUACCCGUCUGGACGCUGUACUGGAAGAGUUUAAGAAGGGUGAGAAAGCUGGAUCAUAUAUUCUGACAUCCGUCAUGAUAUCCCUUGCCUUAACAUAGAUCCCAAGAGUAAUCAUACCACCUGCCAUCUUAUAGAUUCCAUUGCAUACCAUUACCAAAGCCAUCCUUGAUCAUACCCACUGCCAUCUAAAUAGAUAUCCUGCUCAUUAAUACCCAGAGCCAUAAUUGAUCAUAUCCUUUGCUAUCCCAUAGAACCCUUGCUAAUCGACUGCUCUAUGGAUGCUACAAUAUAAUGUGGUGCAGGGCCACUUGUCGUACUAUAUGCUGGGAAGAUGUGUUCUGUUUACUGUUUUCAUUUACUUCAGCAGUGAUUAUGCAGCUGCUGCAAGCGUUGUCUGGGCUGUGGAUGCUGCUGUAUGUUAACAUGUGAAGUGCUGGUUCCUCAUCACUUAAACUAGUGAAUACAAGAAAUAUUAAUGGCUGUGGUUAUCGUCACGGCACAGGUUUCAGCUUUGAUUAUUCUUUAUCAGUUAGGUCUAAAUAGGAUCAGGAUGCUUUAACACCUCUAGCCCACUAUCCCAAAUAAUUCAGUAGUAAGAAUUGCUUUUUCACUAGUUCAGUGCACUGUUUCAGAAAUGAUUGAUUAUACUGUAUCUGCUCCAUGGUUUUCCUUGGUUAAGAAUGUAGUUGUACAUUAUCAGCAGGUGCAGUGCUGGACCACAGCAUCCCUUAUGGCAGUAAUAUAAUUGCAUGGGUUUCAGCAAAAAAAAGCAUAUUACAUGGCAUUUUUCCCUUAACAGCUCAUUAUUAGUUAAGUCCAAUAGAUAUUAAGGAAAUGUUGAUUUUGUUUUUAGACAUUGGGGCUUAAUCACAUAACCAUGCAUUGCGUAGACAUGAGAACUAGUUUGCUAAAUAUAGCCUAAAAUAUCUCAAACAGGUAAUAUAUAAAUUUUAGCUCCAAAUUAAAUGGGAUAUUCCAUAAUCCCUUAGCGCAAUAGAUAACCAGGGGAUGUCAGUUUCCUGGUCCCAAUUAUUAUGAAUGCCAAGCUCCCCCACAUUUCCUGCUCUCAAAGGACAACUGUCACCUAAAAUCACUUUAGGCUAAAGUUAUGCUUUAUAGAUUUAUUGAAAGGGAUGGUUGUCAAUGUAAAAUUUCUUACAGAAAGCCUCCCUACUUGUGGACUUACUAUAUUUUUCUCUGCCGUGUCUGUCCAUCUUUGAUGGAUGCUCCCUUGUACCGACCAUUUAUUCUCUGCUACGGUAUGUCCUGCCUGACAGCCAGUGACCUGCCUCCAUGCUGCAUAAAGCGAGCUGGGAAAUUUAGACGUCAAACCCAGAAUAGCAGUGGGGGCACACACCAUAGGUGAAAGACACAUCACAACAUGGCCACCACCAACAUUCCUGGUUAAACUGCAAUGCCUCGUGGAGAGUGCAGGUUGCUGAGCAAUGUCACCACCCUGCGCGCGCUCUGAAUAUUACAUCUCUAGUAGGAAGAAAUGUUAUAUUGACAUCCGUUAGAAAAUGUAACGGUUUCUUUCAAUAAACACGAAGUAUUACCUUGGCCGAAAGUGAUUAUUAGGUGACAAUUUUUUUAUUUCCAGUUAAUAACUUUGCAACUCCUAACUUGGCUGAAAGUCCCCGAUCCUUGGCUACCUAAAUCACCCAAGCUGCAUGGUUGAAUUAAAUAGGGUGGCAGAAAGAAAAUGCAGGAUACAAACGGUGAUAUCUGCAUGGAAGAAAAGCACUUGUACAUUCAUGUAAAGUGUACCAAAUAGAGUGAAAUAAUCUAGGAAAUGAUUAAUUAUAUUAACUGAAUGUUUGUUGUGACCACUGCUGUACAUGUCUAUUGUUUAAAUUUAUCUCCUAUAAUAAAAACUAAUGGUGUUUUGAUAUAUUUGUUUCUCUUAAUAUACAGGUAAAUCCCACCUGGCUAUAGUUCAACGAGUUAAUAAUGAAGGAGAAGGCGACCCUUUUUAUGAGGUUAUGGGGAUUGUAACUCUGGAAGACAUCAUAGAAGAAAUAAUAAAGUCCGAAAUCUUAGAUGAAACAGAUCUAUACAGUAAGUGUUCACAUAUAUUAAAUCCUUUAUAUUUAAAUAGCUCGGUCACCUCAAACCUACUUUCUACUAUUUUUUUCCUCUUUUUAGAAUCUGUUCUUCAUUUCUAAUCUAUUUCUCUUCGAACCAUAAGACAAAGUAUUUUGCACUUGGCAAAGAUCGGAGCUUAAAGGGGUACUAUAGUGUCACAAAUGCGUAUUCCUGACACUAUUUUCUAAAACAACCAUACAGGUGGUUGACCCCCCGACCCCCUUGCGUCUGUCCCCGCCCUGAUCCAUCUCCCUGGCUGACAUAAUCAGAUUUGAUGAUUUUAGCCAACCCAAUGUUUUCCCAUAGGGAACCAUUGGGAGACUAUUGCGCAUGUGCGGUAAAAUGCCACGUUGAGCCAAUCUGCAUUACCUCAUAAAGAUGCAGUGUGGCGACACUGGCACAGGAAGCACCUCUAAUGGCCGUCUGAGGAGUAGCCACAAAAGGCAUUCCAAGGCUGUAAUGUAAACACUGCCUUUUCAGUGAAAAGGGCCAUGUUUACAUUAAAGGACCACUAUAGUGCCAGGAAAACAUACUCGUUUUCCUGGCACUAUAGUGCCCUGAGGGUGCCCCCACCCGCCGGGCUCUGGAAAGGGGUUUAAACUUACCUUUUUCCAGCUCUGGGCGGAGAGCUCUCCUCCUUCUUUCCUCCUCCGUUCCGCCCCGUCGGCUGAAUGCGCACGCGCGGCAAGAGCUGCACGCGCAUUCAGCCGGUCGCAUAGGAAAGCAUUUACAAUGCUUUCCUAUGGACGCUGGUGUGCUCUCAAUGUGAAAAUCACAGUGAGAAGCACGCAAGCGCCUGUAGUGGCUGUCAAUGAGACAGCCACUAGAGGCUUUGGGGGAAGGCUUAACCCAUUAAUAAACAUAGCAGUCUCUCUAAAACUGCUAUGUUUAUUAAAAAAUGGGUUAACCCUAGCUGGACCUGGCACCCAGACCACUUCAUUAAGCGGAAGUGGUCUGGGUGCCUAGAGUGGUCCUUUAAAAGCCUGCAGGGACAGGCUAUACGCACCAGAAAAACUACAAUAAGCUGUAGUUGUUCUGGUGGCUAUACUGUCCCUUUAAGGCAAGCUUUACAUUUUAUAUAGAAAAGCGAAAACAUGGGAUACGGCUGUAUAGAUCUAAAAAAGGAACAUAAGCAAUAUAUAGUGUAAUACAGUUAAUAUAAACAGUUGUAUGCCACAAAUAAAUGCACUCACAAGAUGGAGAUGUAUAUAGCGCUCAAGGGUGCAUUCCAUGAUGUUCUUGGGGGGCUGUUGAUCCCAUUUUCUGCUCCACUGUAGUAGAUGUAAAACAGGACUCCAAUAGAUGUAGGUAAAAAAAAAAUCAACGGCUUUAUUAUAAAAAGGUGACUAAUCACCAUCAGCUUUUUUAAAAUAGAGGAAUAUAGGUCCUACGUGUUUCAUUACGUUAUUGGAACUUCCUCAGGGACCAAAUAACAAUACAAUUGUAACAGUAACAACAGGUAUAACAAACAAGCCUAAUACCCCCCACCUCAGAGUCCCUUUAUAUAGGGCUCAUCCCUGUGUCCAUUGGUGGAUCAGUGGGUGUUUCCAUUUGUCCAUGAUGUCCAUUGCUGCAGAUGUAAUACUUGUCCAGGUGUCGGGAUUCAUCUAAUCUUCAUCCCAGUUGAAGACGGAGCGUCUGUGUAUAACCGAUACCGAAAGUACGUUCCGUCUUGUACUUCUGCGUUCCAAAUGAUCGUGCGUUCCAUCUCAGAAGGGCUCGAGCAUGUUUGUAUAUUGCCGUCUGGUGGUCGCCCAUAUUUGAAUGUUAGAGACAUUGAUAAACAGUAGGAAAUAACGAUGUAUACAUCUACUGAAGAGAGAGAAUAUUAAUAUCGCACACCAGACACUAUAGAGUAGCUAUAUGAGAACCACUCAGUGACACUUUUGAAAAAGCCUUUGAAUAGGCGAAAUGCGUCAAGUGGGACUUCUAUACCUAAUUUUAGAUUAUUUUACUGUUUUUACUCUUUGUUAACUAAAUAGUUACCUUUUUGUAUAGCUAUUUGUUUUUUGCUUUGCUACUUGGUACCAGUAUAUCCAUAGGUGGAGAUUAUACCACCCAUGCUGUUUUAACUAGAGCAAGUCUUGCUCUAGCAAACAAAAGUACAUUACUUAUUUAAUUUUCUUUAUCAGUAAAUAUACUAUACCAUAGGAGUUUUCUUGCUUUUUCUCGCCUCCAUAUAUACCACGCAUACCUGCAUUUCAUUUGGAGCACCGGCACUGCCUAUACCACCAUACAUCCUCAGAUGGGGAUUAUACUGUCCACGCAAAAUACAAAUGUGAGUGGUUCUCAUAUAGCUGCUAUUUGUAUAAUUUGCACCUUAUCAUAUUGUACUGCACCAUUAUUGUCUUUUCUAUUAUUCUGAGGUCCAAAGUAUUGUACCCCCUGAAGAUCUAUGUACGUAUAAAUUUUGGGCGCAGUAUACGCCAUACACCUUUUUUAAUAGUGGUUAGUGACAUACAAAAAUAGCUACUUUGUAUAACUGAGAAUUCUGUUUAUUUUAUAUAAUAUUUUUAUUUGCCUGAGCAACAAAACAUAAGGAAAAUAUCUACUAAGUGAAUACCUGCUAUAGACUUUGCAGUAAAGAAAGAUAAAGCGUAUGUAUGACACGGUUUGCAGAUAAGAAAUAUAUAGGGAAACUGGAUCUAAAUGAUUCAAGAUCCAAGUCUUAUCUAUUGGAAAUUGGAAAACAUUUGAAUAAAGCCAGGAAAUAGGAAAACAAUGUGUCAAAACCACUGCAGAACUCUUGGUGCAAACCCUUUUUAUUACUUUUAGUAGCCAAUUGAAUUGAUUCAUGUUCGAAAAAAUUGGCAAUUGGAAAUUUUCCAUUACUGCCCAUUUGUUUGUGUCUGGUUUUCAAGUUUGGUACAUGGGGAGGCUUGAGACUUUUCAAGGGAAACAGCAGUUAUUUUAACUUUUUCCUCGAAAAAAAAUAAUUUUCAGUGUUUGCGAUUUGCAUAUGAUAAGUAUAGAGAAUUGUAAAAAAAAAUAACAUUAUUUAUCGCAGCAGAUAACCGAAAUAAGGAGAGAAUUCCUCACCGAGAAAGGAAACAGCACGACUUUUCACUCUUCAAACUUUCAGACAGCCAGAUGAAGGUAAAGAUUUCUCCGCAACUGAUGCUGGCUACACAUCGGUUUAUGGCGACAGGUUUGUACAGCCAAUAAAUCCUCAGACCAUUAAGCUGCCUACAGCUGGCCUGCCAUUUUGAAGAUUUUAGUUUAGAUUUUAGUUUUUGAGGAAUAUUUCACGCACAUCUAAAAUUACAUGUCAUCUAAUUUGUUUUACACAGUUUUUACUAUUAUUAGGUUUUUUUUUUUAUCUUUGUUUUCUAACAGAACAAUAAAACAUGUAAUAAGAUUCAAAAAUGUCGUUACUCAUAACUCUGAAGAGAACUGAAUCCCAAUAGAAUUAGAGGGAAAAAGAAAAUCAUGUUUUAUAAUAGUGGAGAACAGUCACACAUUAGACAUUACAAAGAAAUAAAAGAAAAUGUAUAGGAAACAGAGAAUUUAAAUCCCUUAUCCAAUACUUAUCAAUAUGUUAAGAGCUUAUAAUGAGCCAUUAACAAGGACACAAUCACAACCCCACUGUUAUUCUUUCCAAUACUUUUAUCAUUAUCGGGUCAGUGAAGAAGGGCCAUAUACAGUGUCGGCUUUAGGCAGUAACAUUCCUUUUGAAGAAGAGUUGGCUACACUUUGAUGGAAUCAUCAAAAACGAAAUUCAACAAAUACUUCUAAGUGGUCAAGUAACAGAGCAAAAUCCUAGUCCGGUAGGAUCAGGCAUAUGAGAGAGAUGCUGUCAUACAUAAUCUUCCUCGUAGAGUUUGAACAAAGCUUAGCCGGGCAUUUUUAAGAUUAGACUCUAGCAGAGAGCGUUUCCCAUCAAAGGCCUCUCUCACACCCCAGUGAGUUUGACCAGAAACUUAGCAAAUUGUGUAAGACUUUAGAACAUGGGCCCCAUAAUGCCAGCAAGUUCUGAAUGUCCACUUAUACACAGAUAGCUCUAUGUUCAAUCAAGCCUCAGAGUAAAUUGUUGUAAUGGUGUAUCCAAGAUAACAUAGAGGAAUUGUACUUUUUUUUAAAAGAAUUAACUCAUUUUUCAGAAGUCGAGCCGUUUAAGGCACCUUACCUUUCAGAGAAAAUCAUACUACGUCUUCUGAAGCACCCAAAUGUAAUCCAGGAGAUUAAGUUUGAUGAGAAGAACAAAAGAUCUUCAGAGCAUUACCUUUACCAACGCAACCGACCAGUUGAUUAUUUUAUUCUAAUUCUGCAGGUAAUAAUGAUUUUGUUUCCAUACGUGUUGGGGAUUAGCCAUUAGUAUGUAAAUUGUUGUUUUUGUUUUUGUUUUGUUUGUUUUUUAUUUUAAGAAACAUUAUAAAGAACAUAUGCACAACAGAGAUUACGUAAGCAGAAGAUAUCCGAGUGAGAUGAGUCCAUCUCAUGAAACCAAACAUUUCAGAAACGAACGAAGAAUAAACAUAAAGACUCUGUCAUCAAUACAUUUAUUUUGUAGCUAUCCAACAGGGAUGUAAAAACCGGGGGGAAAGGGGCAAUAACAAUUGACCAUAUUAAGGAAAAUGAUGCAUUAAGAAGAGAAGAUUAGGGUGGAAAGGGAAGAGUAGGUGGAAAUUAGAAUAACAGUAGGUUGGAAAGGGUCACGAUGUUAGAGCUGGAGAGGUGGUACUGGUCAUUAUUAUAUUGUUAAAAAUAGAUUUAUGUCUCUGUUCUAAUCCUCUCCUUUAUCUCCCACAGGGUAAAGUAGAAGUCGAAGUUGGUAAGGAAGGGUUAAGAUUUGAGAAUGGAGCCUUCACAUAUUAUGGAGUUCCAGCUAUAAUGACAACUGUUUCUUCAGGUACAGCUUGAAACAAUUUAAUGCAUUCCUUUUUGUCAUCUAUUUUAAUUUUGUCUUUAAUAUUAAAAUAACGUAACAAUGUUAUGCCUCCUCUUUCUCUAUAUACAGAUAUAUCUGAAAUGUCCCUCUCAAUAAAGGAUCAGCCUCUUUCAGUAUAAGACUGCAAGCUUGUUUUAGCAGGGUCCUCGUCAACCUAUUGUUCCUGUAAUAUCUUGUAAUUGUCUCAUUUAUUGUCAAAUUUCUCCCUUUAUAAUAAUGUAAAGUGCACUGAAUAAGUUGGUGCUAUAUAAAUACCAAUAAUAAUAAUUUAAGUAGAGACAAAAUGUAUAUGUCAAACUAGCCUAAACUGUUUGGCUAUUUACGAGGGGACUUCUUGCUUCAGUGGUUAUGAUGCCUAGACUGACCCUCUAAAUAAAGUAUUCUAACAGACCGCAUACCCAGUGGAAAAGAUGACACACUUAGCAAACCAAUGCUCUCUAAAUCUGGACAAAAUUAACAUUGCUAAUGUGGAAGUGUAGUGAGGGGCCUAACCAUGGUGCCCAGGGAAUCCUUAGUUUGCAUCUUCCACAAAACUGUUUGGCAUAGAACAGUGGGCGAUGCUCGUAGCCUGCUAGUACAGCAACCACUACAAUGUGCUGCAGUGGUUAUGGUGCUGAAAGUGUCUCUUUAAGGUAAUAUCAUAGAUCUAGAGAUGUAUGCAACCCUGUUCACAAAAGCUUCAAAGUAAAAUAUGCCAACAUAUGAUUAUAAGGACUUUGUUUUUGCAUUUAUACCCUGUGUUGCACCAUGAGAAGAAUUUACAUAUGUUCUCAUGUCAAUUAUGUCCAUAGGGUGAAUCCGUCAUGGUCUCUUUUUAUUUUUUUUAGUAUUUUCUGGAUAACUAGAACUGUGUGAAGUUAGUAUGAAAUCUAAAUAUGAAAGUGUUAAGUUAGAGCAGGUAUGGUAUGAUGUCAGGAGGCUUCUUCUUGGUUUAGAACUUGACAAGAGGUUAAUUUGCCUAGAAAGCCUUGUGGUAUAUAGAGAAAUAACAACUAUGGCACCUAACAACUUAAAAUAAUAAUUUCAAAUGUAAUAUUAACACAGCCUGUCUUCCAAGUAAUGUUUUAUUUGUUUAUAGGGUUGUACACUAAAGUGAGUCAGCAAUAUGAUUGUGUGUCAGAAUAGCCGAAUCCAUUUAAUUAUUUAAAGGAACACUAUAGGGUCAGGAACACAAAUAUGUAUUACUGAACCUAUAGUGUUAAAAACACUAUCGAGCUCCCCUGCAAACCCAUUGCCCCCCUAAAUAUAGGGCUCUGCCUCCUUGGCUGACAUCCAGCACUGCCCCAGGAAGUACCUCUAGCAGCCAUCUGAGGAGUCACCACUGGAGGUAUUCCUUUUCUCUGAAAAGACAGUAUUUACUGCAAAAAGCCUGAAGGGAAUGAUUCUACUCACCAGAACAAAUAUAAUAAGCUGUAAUGUUAAGUUUGAUAUGCUUCAAGCUCAAUUAUUCUGGCCUUUUGUUUCACCUGCAAUGCAUACUCGAUUAAUGUAUUUAUUUUAUAUUACAUGAUAAGCUGGUAUUAAAUAAAAUCAAAACAUGAAACAGCGCACUUAUUUCAUGUUUUGAUUUUAUUGUUGGGUGUUAGAUGCUGAUACACUUUAUAGGUGCUGCUUUACAUAAUAAGGUCACAAUCACUACUAUAAGCGCCUUUUUUUAACUUGUUAUAUUAUAGUUCUAUUUGGUAUUAAAUAAACAAUUCAAUUUUAAUUGGAGGGUUCCUUCUCAUCUUUAGAUUUCUGCCCCACUCCCAUUCCAACUUUUGAAAUGGUUCAAAUCAAUUAAACUCACCUUUAUUCCAGUGCUCGAAGAGUAUCCUCAUGAUCGCUCCAAUCCGCCUCCUGCGAAGUCAUUGUUACUGGGUUGUGUCCUAUCACAUCCACCAACAAUGCUUUUCUCUGAGAAGCACUCCCAUCAGUUUUGAAGUAUAAGUCAGAGAAAGUAAGGCAGGUGUUAGUGAGGAGAUUUUAUAACAUAAGCCAGAGGGAACAUGGAGUUAGCAAACAGCUGCUUUAAAAGAUUCCCAUAAAGUUGAAAAACAUGUUUGAAAAAGACUUCUUUGCUGUAGUUGAUACGAGCAUUCCAUUGUUGUGGUAGCCAUAUAUAACUUAUUUGUUCUUGACUAUUCUGUCUGUUUUUGAUGACUGAAUAUAUGUACUGCAUCAUAGUUAAGCAUUGUUUUUGUUUAUUUUACCAUAGAUAACGAUGUAAGGAAAGUUGGGAGCUUGGCUGGAUCAUCAUUUCUGUGUAAGUAGCAAAUUCCCAAAGCUAUGAGCUUAGACUCAUUGACAGAUACUGGUUGUUACACAGUGUAUAUACCUGCAGUGCAAAUUUGUCUAUUGAAUCUUUAUAAAGUAUGACAUAAGGCAGUUUUUUAACCGCAAGAUAGCAUGAGAUGAUGCAUUUGUAUCACAAUCACUGUAAUUUGUAAUUUUGCUUGCUGAUGUAUAAACAGUUUGUGUGAAGAGUGUCGUCUUUUUUCAUUUUCGAACUAGUGUAAUAGAAAUUGGCACUUUUAUAAAUUAUACUGGUUACACCUCCCCUGGCUUUUCAAACAGACAACAGGUCAUGUUACUUCCUGGUUUGAAUAGCUUAUUAGCACUGAACUUAACAGCCAGCAAUUUCCCAGUGCACCUGUCUUGCAAACACUUCUCAUUGAGCUGCAUUGGGAAGUCUGUGAUUGGACAGUCACAUAAAAUUUGGGCGGGGCUAGAAGAGGAGAGCUUGCAAAGGCAGCAGACAUGCUGUUUUAAGAUAUAAGUGCAAUUAAAAAAUGCAUAGUUAUAUGCAUGCAAGUUUUCAUUUGGGGUAUGUCUAAUAAACAGUGUUUUUUUAUUUAUUUUGUAUUUGGACAGUCGAGUGUCACAGACUUCACAACAAGCUCAAUUGCAUCUCAUUGAGAAGUAUUUGCAAGGCAGGUGCUCUGGGCAAUUGCCUGCCUCUUGCAUUUAGCUCCACUGAGGGAGUUACAGGAAGGAUCAGGAAUGGCUGUCUGACAGUCAGGGAAGUGUAACAAGGUUCGUUUAGAAAAGUGACAUUUUCUAUUAAAAAAUCAGCUUUCUUAUUCUUCAGCCACACUUUUCUGCACUUGGUUAAGAGGCCAUUGUAUUCAGUGGAUAGCACAAAGGUGCAGACUAUAUAUUAUAUAUAUUUUAUAUUUAUUUUAAAAGUUAAGCAUCAGCACUUUGUCGUCAUCAAAAGAAUAGGUACAAUUUUCUAAAAAUAAUAGUUAGAGUUCAGCAUUUUCAAAACAAUGUGCACAAUAUGCACAGCUUAUAAUAAGUAGGGUAUCUAUACAUUUCGGCAAAGAAAUCACCGAAGGGAUGAAUAUUACAUUUGGAAAGUCACCAAGAAGACUAGAGGCUAAAAGUAGAUCAUACACUGUAAGAGUUUCUGUAAUGGACAAAUGAAUGUAAUUUUCCAUGUUUUUCUGUAUCGGGUGGGAUACAUUUAUUUUCAGGCACAAACAUUAAGCAUAUAUAAUAUGGGAAUUAUUGACAGAGCAAUUUUGAUGAAAAGUUCUAAAAUGCAAGCAAUCACCAUGGAAACUAAUGAAACGCUCUGAAUUAUGUUCUCAUGUUUACAACCUUACCUCAGUAUUGUCCCUUAUACGUAAGUCUAAUGUGUAAUUUAAAAUACCUCCAGAAAUAACCUAUAUCUGAAACUUGAUUUAUUAAACUUCUCCAACCUGGACUAAAUCCAAACUCGCUCAAAUUUAAAAUAAAACCAAAACAAUCAUUUACAGAAAUACAUCUUAGCACGGCAUACAAAAAUAAAUGCCAGACUCAAAGAGAAAAAGGCAAAAAACAAACUAGAAACACCUACAGCGCUUUAUUCAUAGGCUGUGCUAAUAUUUAUUUCAUUAAAUUAUUUUAUACAAUACUUCAUGGAAGGACUGACUUAUGGAACAAAACACAGGCAAUACUUUCUAUGCUGAAAGGUUUACACCAAAUAGAUUUUUAGUUUUGCACAAUUUCAAAUAAGCAACCCAUUUUCAAGCCUCUGCUAUGUUAGCUUCUGGCAUUCUUUAAUUUGAUAGAUGUUUGACAUAUUGUGCGAUGUGAUGCUCAGUGGUAUUGUAAGGCUAUCCUUGCAAUAUAAGAGUGGUCUUUGAAACAUUCCUCAUUUUCCACUUACAUUAUUUCCUAAUUCUCCCUGUAUGUUUCUUUGUGUUCUCUCUGUCCUCGUUUUAAUGUUUUACCCCACAACAAUUUUAUUCCAAAUUUUGCCUUGCCCUCUUAGUACCCGUGUCGGUAUCUCGCACCUUCGCUUUCAGCAGAGGGGAAUCUUUGGCUGGCUCCCCAGGUAAACAAUGCAUGGCUCUGUUCUUAGAUCACCUGAAAAUGGGUUGAAAUAAUGUUUUUAACAUUUUCCUAUGUCAACUACUUAAAACUGUAUUUCUAUAUCAUUACUCCACACAACUUUAUAAAGGGUAUAUAAAAUGCUGAAUAUGAUGAAAAAAAAUGAAAUGCUGUAGCAUAUGUCAAAUACAUAUACACAAUGCAAACUGUAAUAACCAUAGCUAUUAGCUUAAAAAAAAUUAGAGUACCAAUUAUUUUUUGUUGCUCCAUUCUACACUGAUGUGUCCCUGAGUAUUCUGCAGAGAGCAAUUGGUCUUACUGUUAGCAACACCGACAGCAGCCUGAUAAGUUCUGUUUAGAGAAAGGAACUGACCCUUUCUUCAUUGGUGUUUUCAAGAGGGUUUGGAAGAGGGAGGCAAACCCUUAAUAUAUAUUAAACUAUGCUAUGGCCAAUCCAUGUUUGGAAAUGAAAAUGAGAGAUUUUUUUUUUUUUUUUGUAAUUUUUUAUUUUUGGUGCAAGUCAUGAUAAUAUUAACAAAAUAGGUAAAGUAUGCCACUGCGGCAAAUAAAAGUCUGCAGACGAUUGUCUUAACAGUAAUAGACGUGACAUUGAUAAACGUUGCACAUUUUUAUAUAGCUGUCUUAUCUAUAACAUCCAUGUUCCUGUACAAAAUCAGCCCUCUUGGUCCGAUUGUGUCUAAGGGUUUGUCUGUGCAUGAAAGUGGUUGGUACGGCUCCUGGACCAUCCUGGGGUGCUACUCUAGUGAGCUAUUGUAGUGAUUAGCCCUGUAUGUACAUUUUGCAUUGAGACAUGCCUCUUGUGUAUCGUUUUGUACAAUGACAGGUACCCUCGUGUGGGGGGGAGGUGCUCCUUUGUUUGGGCCUUUGUAGGAUGAGGGAUGUAUUGCCUGCUAGGUAUGUAAGGAACUAUAGUUCCUUGAGCCUUGUACCUUACGUGUAGGGUAGGCUUAGCUCAAGGCAUGUCCGUCUAUCAGUGGGAUUGUACGUUCGGUGCAGUCAACAUGAGUCAGAGCAGGCUGCGUUGUCGAUGCUUGGUUAUGUCCUGUAUCUAUUGGGCGAGUGUUAUCUUGUGAUAUUUGUUGUGUUGGGAGCAUAUCGUUGUCCGCUAGGGUUUGUCGAGUUGUGUGCCUAAUGCAUUUGGGGAGUUGGUGAGCGGGAAAAUGAGAGAUUUUUUUAAAUGGGAUUGUGAACAAAAAACAACCUUGUUUCGGUGUUGAUAAUAUAUUUUAAGAUUGAAAAAGCACAAAAGGGAAGUUGGCAGGAAUAUUUUUUCCCUUUGUCAUGCAGAUUUGUCAUAAUUGCUUAUUGAACAAACUAUGAAUUGUGUGUCCUUCUAGACAUAUUUAAAGAUUAUGCUAGCUUUAUUAUACCUAUAAUUUAAUUUUAAUAAUGACAGGAGGCCAGUAUUUUGCAUUACCCUUUCUUUACUAAACUUCACAUCAGCAAAGAAAAUAACAUAACAGAAAAACAAAUCAGAAACAAGAACAGCUUACAAAUACUGGAUAUUGGCCUAAGCACCUCCUCUUUCUUGAUGCUAAAAUGGAAAAACCGUAGACCAAAAAUGCAUUAGAACAAACUCCGAAAGUUCAUCAUGAUACAAAACUGGACCAUUCAUCUCACAGCAGACAUAGGAGCCAAAGACAAUACGACUCUUACAGCAGCUCAAGCUGAAACGAAAAAAAAAUGUGAAAGAACUGAUCGCCGUUGAAAAUUAAUCAGGAAUCGUUAAAGGACCACUAUAGUGCCAGGAAAACAUACUCGUUUUCCUGGCACUAUAGUGCCCUGAGGGUGCCCCCACCCUCAGGGUUCCACUCCUGUGGCGCUGAAGGGGAAGAAGGGGUUAAUCCCUUACCUUUUUUCCAGUGCCGGGCCCCCUCGGCGAUGGGACUCUCCUCCUCCUUCCGACGUCCCUGGCUAAAUGGGCAUGCGGGGCAAGAGCCGCGCGCGCGCAUUCAGUCAGUCUCAUAGGGAAGCAUUCUCAAAGCUUUCCUAUGGACGCUGGCGUCUUCUCACUGUGAAAAUCACAGUGAGAAGCGCAGAAGCGCCUCUAGCGGCUGUCAAUGAGACAGCCACUAGAGGCUGGAUUAACCCUAAUAUAAACAUAGCAGUUUCUCUGAAACUGCUGUUUACAGCAAAAAGGGUUAAACCUAGCUGGACCUGGCACCCAGACCACCUCAUUAAGCUGAAGUGGUCUGGGUGCCUAUAGUGGUCCUUUAACCAUACAGCAAACUACCAUUAAAACCAGCAUGCAAUAUAUAAAACACAUCAAGUAAGCAAUGACAUGGCAAUCAUCAAGCACAAUCUGAAAAUGAUGAGGGUAACUCAACCCGCCCCAACAGUGCAAGAAAGACAAAAGAAAUGGGGAAGGUAAGGGAGGGAAAAUACUUAUUUCGGGUCAUUAAGAUUUUAGGUACACUGAAGCUAGCAUGCUCUUCAAUUUUCCCACAUGACAAGAGGCUCAUAUUUUGCAAUAAAGCCCUGUGAGGCGACCAGUCUUGGAGGAAGGCAUCCACGGCCAUGCAGUUUGGAUCCAACUGAAGAAGGCUGGACUCUAGUUGUUCCUGAAUGCGAACAAAUUCAGACAAAUUGGGCUUCGAAGGGACAAGAGGAGAGAGCAUACCAUUACAUCUAGCUUCCAGUUGCAUGUGGCCCUCCCAUAAAGGGAAAACCAAUCUGCGGUGAGAUUUGUUUUUCCCCGGAAAGGUAUUCUGUUCCUUAGGGUAAUGAUGAUCUGUUUCAGACCCUAGUCGUAUAUCUCCCUUGUGAUGUUCGUCAGAGCUUGCAAGCUAGUGCAUCAUAGGUGGUUGAUGUAUCUCACCGCUGAUACAUUGUUCAUCCGAAGCAGAAGGCUGUGAAUGUAUAAUAAGCCAACCAGCAGCUCCAAACAAUUUAUCUGAUAAACUCCCAAGAACUGCACCACGUCACACGCGGCAGUCUCAAAGCUUUCGAACAAAGCUACACAAGAUAUUCUUGGUAGACGAUACAGCGAAUUCUCAGAGCUGUCAAGUUACCUACUGCAGGUUUCAGCAGCUUGGUGACACACCGAAGGGCUGAACUAGGGCUGAAAGGUAAUCUGCCUUUGUCUGAGGGGAAUGGGCUAAGAGGGUUCACCUCAGGCUGCAUGGCAGUAGAGGGUUCUGCCUAAGAAGGGGCAUGGACAGGGCCACAGAGAUAGGGGACAGGUACCAGGACAGGAAGUUUCCCCACUUGCCGCAGGACUAUUCCACAUCCUAAUGAUCACCAGGGCCCAAGAGGGGACCAGCAAAUUUUGCAGCUCAAACUAUAAGGAAACUGCUGCUACAGGACCCGUGGCAAUUAGGAUGAGGAGAAUAGGAGUGGAAAACAGGGUCGCCUGGCCGCACUAAACCGAAAGGAGAAGGCCCCAGGAUCCACCCGAUCGUGGCAGAAUGCAAUCUAAGAUGGUAGCAGCCUGCAAUGGUUCGCAGACCAUGAGCGAUUCAGCCCAAGAAGAGCUGGCCAAAUACCCACAUAGGGGGUCCCAGACACCGAAACAAAACUCGCAGUACAGUCAACAUAGGUAAUAAUAAAUAACUAAAGUGAAUAUCAAUAAUAGUAGAAGAAACAAGAGAGACAAAUUACUCUGACCUGAUCCAGUGGAGCAGCAAAGACACAAGGUGCUUAGGUCUCUGUCCAGGUAUGUAAGCUAUUGUUGUUUCUCAAAAGUUUUUUCGGUUGCUAUGAUAUUUUCUCUUCUGCUGUGGAGUUUUGUUAAAGAAAGGAUAAAGCAAAAUAUGAGCCUCCUGCCAUGUGGUCAAAUUCAGUGCCAAAGCACAGAUGUAUACUGAUCCCAUAUCAACAAAUAUGAAAAAUGCCAGCAAUGUAAUUAGCAAAUCCUAAACCAGUAUAGCUAUUGUGAAAACAGGGAAAACAAAACAAACAUGCUUAUAUCGCUAUUUUAGACAGUAUGAAAAAUAGUAUAUUUUAAAUGCAGUAAAAACCAUAGAAGAAAAAGAAAGUUACCUGUGCUCUUUCCCAAAUCCCUAUAUAUAUAUUUAAACAAAUGGAGGUUUAGUUUCUUCCAUGGCCAUUAGAGGAAAUGCCCACCUGCCACGUCAAGGCAAUCCUCUUAGGUGGGUCCUACACUAAUCUUUCACCUUGCUUCCUUGAGCUUCUGGCAAAGAUAUCUCUAAUGAGACAGAGAGGGGUAUUUUUUAUAUACACCCCUAUAUACUUAUUAACCCUUAACCCCUUAAGGACACAUGACGGAAAUAUUCCGUCAUGAUCCCCUUUUAUUUCUGGAGUUGUGCCCUUAGGGGUUUAAUUGGGAACACAUGGGAUGGGCGGCAGCAUUGUAACAUAGCUGUGUGGAACGAAAAGUAAUUACAAAUACAAAAAAACAAGUCCUGCUCUCAAAUUCCCUCUACUCCUGGGCGUCCGCAACGACCAUAGUACACAUCAGACCCAAUACAUAAAAUAAAAUGUAAAAAAAGUUACCAGCACUCUUUCCCAAAUCCCUAUGUUUAUUUACACAAAUGUAGGUUAUUUAGUUACUCCAAUGGCCAUUAGAAGGAAUGCGCACCUGCCACGUCAAUGCAAACCUUUUAGGUGGGUCCUGCACUAACCAUUCACCUUGCUUCCUUUUACAUUUUUUAAAUGUAGACUUCCUUGGUGUAUAUAGUAAAUUUAAACGUAAUUUUAUGGCAAGACAGGAGGCUUCAUAUUUGCUUAUCUUUCUUUACUGUAACUCCCAGCAGCAAAGAAAUGGUUAACAAUGUUGUAUGGAAAAAUCAACCAAUCAUAACAUAUCUCAACUACAAUAUAGUGUCAUCAAACUCCUCCCACUCCCUCUUUCUUUGCUGCUUGCCUCCCAGGUGAGUCUGCACCAAUUACAUUGCCUUACUGGUUUAAGUUAAUUCGAUAUUUUUUUAUUUACACCUUGUUACUGCAUACCUUUCCCUUUAAAUAUUUUCCUCUUUUUUCCUCACACAUAUUUUGUAUUUUUUCUUAUUUCACUGUUCUGUUAUUUUGAUUGCUUUUCCUUUAAAUUUAGGUGUCCUAACCGGUUCCUCUUUUAGUUCCAGUGCACGGAGGGUUUUUUCAAACCCUGCCGCUUUCAAUCAGCUGGCCGCGGCUCUAUUCUCUCAGGGAGAGCCGCGGCCCAUUCUCUGUCUCUCUUCAGCCGCGGACUCCAUUUCCCAGAGUCCGCGGCUGCUGUUUCCCGCCGUUACCUUCCUCCCGCCUACCAAAGGCGUCUCCUCUUUGACGCGGACCUUUUUCCCGCCCUUUCUACGGCGGCGUUCUCACGGCGGCCAUCUUAAGCCUUAGUAGUAACGGCCAACGGCUCCUCCACUGCGGCGCACAAAUUUUGCAAUCAAGUGGGUACAGACCUUAUUAAUAGUUUGUGGAAGGUAGGUUUGCUGCCACCUUAUAUCUUUACCUUUUUCACAAGCUCAUUAAAAACGAUCUUUUUCUUAUCUAUCUCCUAUCUGUUUUUUCUCCACAGGCUUUGCCCAACACAGGACCAUUUUAUUACUAUCUGGGUGAACCCCUUUCUUUAAAUUGUAUAAUUACAGUGUGGUUUUUGUUUUUUGACCAAAAUUUGCUGUUUGACCAUUUUAUUUCCCUCAUGUGGGUGAACCCCACUUACUUAUCUAAAGUACAUAUUAUGUACAAUAUUUGUGUGGCUGACACCACCUACUGAAAACACUGCUGUGUAAAUAUUUAUGUGGCUAACACCACCUGAUUUAUUUUCUGUGGGUGACCCCCAUUACUUACUGUGCAUUAUAUAUACAUUAUAUAUAUUACUAGUGUAAUUUUAUAGUGGUGACCCCACCUCACUAAAUUUACAAGAUUUCUAGUACUCACAAUCUGUAUUAUUGGGUGACCCCCAUUAUUUGUCAUUUGCUAAUUUAUUGUGCCAAGCAUUUGUGGGUGACCCCCAUUGAUUCUGACGUCUCGUGGGUGACCCCCACCUCAUAUUUUUCUAAUUGAGUUGCCUCAUCCUUAAUUGACACUCUAAUAGGGUUUACAUUUAUCUUGAAAUUGUCAUUAUGUCAGAUCGCCAAGACCCUGCGAUUUCUGCUGAACUUAAGGAAUGGCUUUUCUCAACCAUCGCAGAGUCCAUUCCUAAGGCUCUGGCAGCCUACCAUGAACGUAAUCCAGAGGUACACCCCUCUACACAACAGCCCUCUGAUUCUGAGGACUCCCAUAUUUCCGACCAAGAUAACGCCCCGCGCAAGAGACCCUGGAAAGGGAAUAGCGCUACUGCGGGCAAGGGCAAAGCUCCUGCUAAGGUCAUUAAACACUCUAAACCUUACGUUUCGCAGGAUGCUACAGACCCUCUAGAGGGUUCUACUUCACGUUUAUCUGGCCAUAUUCUAAGUGACUAUGACCCUAAUUACUCUGAUGAGGAUCCCAUGGUGAAUGUGCCCCAGGAUUCCUCAACAUCGGAGUUUGUGAAAGAAACCUUCCUAAGUCAAGAUCACAAGAGUAAGGUACCUGACUCAGACACCCUCCUGGAUGCUUCAGGCCUUCCCCUUUUUGACCCAAGGGUGAUACGCCACCCGCGCUCAGCAGAAUGGGCUCCCCCAGAUCAUAUUGCUAAUUUCUGUAAACUGUGGCUUCGCAAGCCUCUCGAAAAAGAAAUCAGAAACAAACUAAGGGCUGAAUGCCCGAGACCAACUAUUCCAGGCAAAGUUGCCUCUACCCCUGAAUUUGACCCCAUGCUGGUCACCUAUUUAACAAAAUCUGGUAAAGACCCUCGUAAGGGUAUUGAACAGGGUUUGAAAGCAACCCAAGACAAAUUAUUGGACAUUUCAGGUCCUAUCAUACAAAUAUUCAUACUCGCAGAUGAGGCACUCACCAGCGGUGAACUUGAUCCGCACAUUAUAAGAGAAUGGGCACAGAGAGCCCUUUGCCUUUUGGGCAACGCCAAUAUGGCUAUUUCAAUUGAGAGACGCAAAGCGGCACUGUAAAAAAUCGAUGCCAAACUGGUGGAUUUGAGCACUAAAGAACUAGGCCCAGAGGCCGAUGGUCUUUUAUUUGGUAACAGUUUCAUGCGAGACCUCUCCAAGCAUGUCUCAGUUUUUACCACACUCAAUAAAGCCCAGUCCUCCCUACGUAGGGUGAUCCGUCCCACUUUUCAAAAUCGUUUUUCUGGGAGAGCUGGUCGCUCAAGGGGCCGAGCUACCAGUAGAGCAGCCUUUUCAGGCUACAGGCCCCGACCCACAGAGUAUUGGUCCACGGGAUACUCACGACCCUACCACAGGCAGCUGUUCAGCACCAGAGGCUCAAUUCGAGGACGUGGCUCUGCAUCCCUGCGCGGACGCACUGCUUCAGGUAAUGGACCUUGCUUAUUUAAAAACUGUAUCAAUCGCAGGUCGAUUAACAUUCUUUUUCCCACAGUGGAAACUUCUUUCUCAGGAUCUUUGGAUCCUUCAUACAGUCACAGGUUUCAAAAUAGAUUUUAUCACACAUCCAGUUCAAUAUUCUCACCCGACACCCUUAGGGAUGUCAAAAGCAGAUACUCUAACCUUGAACACAGAACUGACAAAAUUGUUACACAAAGGGGCGAUCGAACCUUCGCCUUUCCCUUGCACCUUCCUCAGCAAUAUAUUUCUGGUUCGGAAGAAAACGGGGGACCAUCGUCCCAUUAUCAACCUCAAGGCGUUGAAUCGCUUUAUCACAUACCGUCAUUUCAAGAUGGAAGGUAUCCAUCUUCUCAGGGACUUGCUCUGCAUGGGAGACUGGUUCUCCAGAUUCGACCUCAAAGAUGCUUAUCUGACGGUCCCUGUAGCACCAAGUCACCGUGCCUUCCUCCAAUUCCGUUGGCAAGGCGACAUUUGGCAGUUCACCUGCCUCCCUUUGGACUUUGUUCUGCUCCAUGGUGUUUCACCAAGUUGAUGAAACCAGUCAUGGCGCUCCUUCGUUCUCAGGGCAUACGUUCAAUUAUAUAUUUGGACGAUAUCCUGAUCAUGGCACAAGAUCAGCAAUUACUUCGCAAACACACACACAUGACCUCUGCCCUCCUUCAAAACCUAGGUUUUGUCAUAAAUUACCAGAAAUCAGACCUGGUACCUUCUCAAAUAGUCCAAUUUUUGGGUUUUCAGAUAGAUUCAGUUCAAGCAACUCUACAAUUACCCUACUCCAAAAUCAAAAACAUAAAACGAGAGAUUCAAAAAUUACUCAAGUCACAACGACCUCGGCUCCGCGACCUAGCACACGUGCUGGGUCUUCUGUCUGCAUCAAUUCAGGCUAUUUUUCCAGGGCCCUUGCAUUACAGAGCAAUGCAACGGCUGAAAACCUCCUAUUUACAUCGCUCGACCUCCUACGACCAAUUCAUUUCCCUAACGGACGAAGUUCUCAUCGAACUUCACUGGUGGCUUCGCAAUAUGGAAGCCUGGAAUGGGAAAGCGAUUUUCGGAUCUCAACCAGAUUUUAUUCUGGAAUCCGAUGCCAGCCUACUCGGUUGGGGCGCUACGUGCGCCCAAUCAUACACAGGAGGUCUCUGGUCCCCGUCGGAACGAGCACUUCACAUAAAUUGUCUCGAGCUCAUUGCCGGAUCCUUCGCGAUCCGCAGCUUUGCCAAAGAAGCCUCCAACUGCUCUCUGGUACUUCGGAUGGACAACAUCUCCGCAGUACGAUAUGUAAACCGUCUCGGAGGGUCCAAAUCGAAACUACUGUCAGACCUCACCAAGGAUCUGUAUCAGUUUUGCUUAGACAGGAAUCUGUCUAUUCGGGCCGAGUAUCUCCCAGGACCCGACAAUUUAGUCGCGGACUGGUUCUCACGUCACUGGAGGGAUGCCAGCGACUGGCAAUUAGAUCCUCUUCUAUUUCACCACAUUCACCUAUUGCGGGGACCGCUCACUCUCGACCUCUUCGCGUCUCGGCUGAAUCGUCAAACAGACGAUUAUUUCAGCUGGUUACCAGACCCUCUAUCCCUAGCUGUCGACGCUUUUCUCCAACAUUGGCCACGGGACGGAGCCUAUGCCUUCCCUCCUUUCUCCAUGAUUCAACGUACUCUCCACCAGGUCAAAUCACAGGGGGUCAAGAUUGUGAUAGUUACCCCUCUAUGGCGGGCCCAGACGUGGUUCCCCACUCUUCUGGAGCUUUCCACAGACUACCCCAUCAUUCUACCUCGCUCACAUCGGGUUCUCAAGAACUCAACGGGCGACUACCAUCCACUAGCUCUACAGGGCCAUCUUCAGUUAGUGGCCUGGACAGUUUCAGGGGUGCUUGGCAUGUCGCAGGACUUUCAAGCACUGCUCAAACACUCCUAUGGGAUUCAUGGGCACCGGGAACCAGGCGCACCUAUCUCACCGCAUGGCGAGUUUGGGUCAGCUGGUGUCUGGAGAGGGAUUUCGAUCCCGUUUCAACAUCUCUCUCAUCCAUUCUAAAUUUUCUAUCAUCCCUUUUCGAUCAGGGUAAAUCAUACCGAUCAAUUGUUUUUCGUUCCGCCAUUUCGGCGGGACAUGACCCUAUUGAUAAUUCCUUAGUUGGGAAACAUCCUUCUGUGUGCAGACUUUUACGAGGCAUUCGUUUGACGAGGCCACCUUCUGCCAAAUACUCUGGCUUCUGGGACAUAUCUCGAGUCUUCGCAUUGUUAGAGUCCUGGCCUCCUAACGAGGCCUUAUCCCUUCGAAGGCUCUCUGCAAAAUUGGCCCUGCUACUGUGCCUGGUGUCAUUCCGCAGAGUUUCUGACGUUCACGCUUUUGAUUCACACGCUGUCUCCUUCACACCAGAAGGGGUCCGAUUUACGAUUACUAGGCGCACUAAGACGAAUUCCUCGUCUGUCUUUUACCCAUACUUUCCCGACAGGCCGGCUCUCUGUGUGGCUCUGUGUACUCGUUGUUACACAGAGGCAACUGCCGCCCUACGUUCUCCUACUGGUCCUCUUUUCAUCUCUUAUGUCAGACCUCACAAACCGGUCUUUUCCCCCACUAUCGCUCGCUGGAUAAGAUGGUUACUUAUCCAAGCGGGAAUCGAUAGAUCAUUUGGGGCCCAUUCGGUUAGGGGAGCGGCCGCUUCCUCUGCCUUUCGGGCCGGCAGUUCAUUAGCAGAUAUUUUGUCCUGCGCAGAUUGGUCAAGGGAAUCUACCUUUCGGACUUUUUAUUUUAAACCAACACAAACACAUGCGGCUUGUUCUAUUAUUCGAGAGCGUUAAAACAGCAAAUAUGAAGCCUCCUGUCUUGCCAUAAAAUUAGGGAUUAUUCUAGCUUGUAGUGAACGAAUAAUCUGAAUUUUAUUAAAGACAGGAGGCGAAUAUUUUCCCUCCCUUCGUUCACUCCGGAACCCACCCUCGAGGUAAGUCUCAUAAUCACUAAUUAAUGUAUGAUACCAUUAUUUACAUACAAAUCUGCUAUAUACGAUUUGUUCAUCUUGUGGUCCUACACCUAUCUCAUAGAGUGCUGAUAGAUCUUUAUAAUUUUGAUUAUUCUGUCAAUUCGUAUGAACUAUAAUUGGAAAUAGGGGGUUCAACUAUAUAUAUUUUUUCUCUUGUCCGAGAAACCUUACUUUCACGAAGUCUCUUUUUUCUUUUAGUGUGAAGAUCUCAAGUUUAUUCGAUCAACUUUCCGUUUACAUGGUUGACUUCAUCUCAAGUUUCAGCUUCGGGAACUGUUCCGGUUAAAGUUUACAUGGUUGACUUGCUACUGACUGGCAACAUCAAGAAAGAGGAAGUGGGAGGAGUUUGAUGACACUAUAUUGUAGUUGAGAUAUGUUAUGAUUGGUUGAUUUUUCCAUACAACAUUGUUAACCAUUUCUUUGCUGCUGGGAGUUACAGUAAAGAAAGAUAAGCAAAUAUUCGCCUCCUGUCUUUAAUAAAAUUCAGAUUAUUCGUUCACUACAAGCUAGAAUAAUCCCUAAUUAAUAUGCAUCAUACCUAAAACAAAUGCCAUCCAUUUUUUUUAACGCAAACAUUGUUUUGUAUAGUGUUUCUGUGCAUUUGCUUAUUGUCUCUAUAUUACUUUAUAUUUGGAAUGAGAAUAAAAAUCGUAUUUUAAAAUAGGUGUCGCUUACAAAUUGAAUAUGUGUCACAGAUAGGGUCAUUCUCCAAAUUGUUAAAUGUCAGGAAUUCAAAGUGAAUUUUUAAGUUUAGGCCAAAGUAAAUAACGGGAAACCCUUCUCCAAGUCAACUGUUUCCUAUUUUCUUGUAAAAUUUGAAAUUAAUUUAGAAUGCUGGUAAUUCUCAAUUUAGUGAGUUGUGUCUUUGCCACCAGCAUAUAUGUAAAAUAAUUACUCAAGUCAGAUGUAUUUUUCUCUGUACUUAAAUCUAAUUUCUGUGCUGUAUAACGUAAUUUAGGGCACAUGUAUAUACCAAGUGUUUAAUGCAAUAUAUAUAUAUAUAUAUAUACACACACAAACCGAGUCAUUGAUUGCUUGUGAGACCCAUAAAUGUCUGCAUAGCAAUAAACUGUUUAAAUGAGACACUAUUUAGAAGGCAAACCAUGUUUCAGUAUUACAGUACCAUGCUAAGUAAACAUUCUUUUGCUCUCUUCUCUUUAUCCUGUUGUUUGUCCAAUUUUCUCUUGGUUUGUUUCCCUGCCUCCUGUGAUGACUGUAGUAAACAGAUCCCCUUCUCGCUGCAGUGGUUUGAACCGUUCUGAAUCCCCUAACAGAGAGCGCAAUGACUAUGGGGGCAGCAACAAUCAGUUAAGCAACAGCAACAACAAUCUUUACAUCCCUGAUUACUCUGUACACAUCCUGUGUGAUGUGCAGUUUGUUAAGGUAACCUAUCACUUUGCUAUUGUACUUUGACAUAUAAACCUGCAUUAAUGUAUUGUAUAGGAGAACAUAUGAGCUACUCACGUCCAGCUCUCUCUCCAUGAUACGUUGUACUCUAAUCCAUGAGUGAAGGUACUGAAUGGGAGUUUAUGAAAUGCCAUGAGCAUCUAUUGGUCAAGUAGAUACACGUGACAGCUGAUGGGACAAAUUAAGGAAAGAUAGGCAGAAAUUAACCUGUAUAAAAUCAGUGUAUAUCGACUUAUUGCAGUGAAGUCUGUUAUAUUUCAGCACAGUAAAUAGCGAUUUAUUUUCAUUAACGUUUGAUCAUUAUGAAAAACUUAAAUGGACAGGUCCACUUCAAGUAAGAUUGGCCGGUCCACUUCAAGUAAGAUUGACAGGUCCACUUCAAGUAAGAUUGCUGCUGUGGUGGGUUGACUGUUGCAUGAAGGUUAGAAGUUCUUUCUUGCGAGGUCCAAUGAGAACCUUUCAUCCUUUCAAGUUUAAUAGUGUGAAAAAAUACAGUGAUCCCAGAAGGAGAUAAAGCCCGCUGUAUAAGCAGAGAAAUAUUAUAAUAGAUCAUUGAAACAAAACAAAUUUGGAAUUUACUUUGCAAUUUUGUAGAAUUUUAAGCUCUUACCUGAACUUGUGGAUUAUUUGUAAUUCAACCAAUGGCAAUCAUUUCAUCCUGAAAUAUAAUCUCUAAAAAUAGAUCAUCCAAAAGAUUGAAUGAAAUUCCUACACGAUAUAGGCAGUUUUUUUCCCAUAAACAUUUUAUAAUAAAAGUUGGAGUUUUGCUUUAAUUGUGGAGAGUUUGUACUAUGGACAUCCGGUUUUGUUGUUCUGAUUAGAAGUCCCGGAUUUGCAUAUUGUCUCUCUGUGUGUCAGAUUACAAGGCAGCAGUAUCAAAAUGCACUGACCGCCAGCCGCAUGGACAGCUCUCCUCAGUCUCCAGAAAUUGAAGUCUUUAGCGAGGGCGAUAGCACAAAAUCAACAAAAUACCUCCGGGUGUCCGAAUCUCCGAAAGAUGACACCACUGUCACCUUGGCACACGACAGGAACAGCAGCUUUGGUAAUGUUGCUUAUUUUUAUUUCUAAAACAUUGGUUUACAUUAAUCUGAUGUCUUACAAACAAUUAGCAUCAUAAUGUUAUGGUAAAGGCAUGACACUAGUCAGUCACACUGUGGUAUUAAGGGGAGUAGACAGAGUUGCUUUUUCAAAAUGUUAUUGUGUUGAAGAGAAUUCAUUAAAAAAAAGUCUGCACAUCUUUUAAAAAAAGGCUCUUUAUGAAACUGUAUUUUAGAAUAGCAACGACUCCUUUGAUGUUCUGUCAUGAUAUGCAAAGUACUUCAACCCUUUUUAGAAGUUUACUGUAUUGAGAUUAAUAGAUCCCCCCCCCAUAAACCGUAUAAAAGAAUGUACAUGUAAUCCAGUGCUGGCUAAAGGUCUUGCCAUUUCUACCCAUAUUACGGCCGCAAGGGCGUUGCGUGGUCCACUCAAAGGCUUCUCUAUGAGAAGCUAUCCUGUAGUCAGACUGUUUUACAGGCUUAGAGUGCAUGUGCACAGCCUGAUUUGGUGAAGGAAGAAAGAGGAAUUUUCAAAUUAACAAAAAGUAAAACAAUUUAAAUAAUAACGGGAGGGGACAGGGAGCUUCCCCUUGCAAGAACAAUGCCUGCAUGGGAGAAAAUUGUUAAAGUCUGUUGCCAGUGGCCAGUGUGUGCUGACGACAGAUGUAAAUAUUGCACAAAAUUGGUAUAUGGCAGCCCGGAACUCUGAGUUCCAGAGUCCUCAGCUGCCAAAGUCACAUGUGCCAGGAGUGUAACGACCCCCCGGUGCACAAGUGCAAAUAUCUCUGGGUUUACAGCAAUUCAAGCACAAACGCUACACAUCCAGAUACCUACCACCAGACCACUUCAAAUCAAUGCAAGGUUUGCUAGCCAACAACUUAGAGCAGUCAUAGGUGUAAAGCACCUACCAGGGAUAAUGUAUCUAAUUGGCUUGACAAUAAUUCUGCUAGCACAAUGAAUGCAUGGAUUUGUUGUAUGUAAAACAAAGUCCAUAUAUGUAUAUGGGGGAAAGUUUCUCUUUGUAGUGUUUUGUUUUUGUUCUUUUGCACAAUAUUAAGUACGUUGUUUUAACAGCAGGCAGCAAAUCUGAUGGGUUGAAAAGUCCUAAUGACUCUGUAUUUCUACAUAUGGAAGACAUCCCUCGAAUCAGAGAAGAACUGGCAGAUAAUGCAAAUUGUACAAUACAUCGUAAGUUCGGGCAUUUGGUUAUUUUAUUGCUAUCACAUGCCCUGUCUCUGGAUAAGGAUAACAUAGUAGACUGCCAUUCAUAGCAUGUGCCUGCAUUGAGUGCUUCUGGGUAUAUUAGUGAGCUAGUCCCUCUUGUGACAACUUGUGAAAUCCCACGUGCUGGAGUGAAGCAAGACAUUAGGAAGUCAAGUUUUACGUAUUCAUUAUGUAUUGAUACAGUAAACUUUCAUUGUACAAAUGUAUUUACAAGCUUUUUACUCACAGCUACUCUUUUAUUACAGACACAGAUUGUUGUGGUAUUGGCACGGAUCAAGAAAAUUCCAGUGUUGAAAUAGUCACAAGUUCAACAGUGAGCAAUAGUACAGAAGAAACUCUGGGGAAGAAGUUACUUAGAACACUGAGUACGUAGAUCAUAUGCAAUAAGUGCUGUGUUUGUUUUGUGGGCUGUUAGAAUGGACAUAAUGUGGUAAUGGUGGGACAUUAGUUCAAAUAAUGCAUCCAGAUGUCUAGUGACGAAUCCAUUCGUGUGUAAUGCUGUACAGAUCAGCCAAUCGAACACCUUUGGGCUUAUUGACUCCCAGAUAUCAGGUGUAGAUUAUAUCAAAUCUCAAAGAGUGGCUACUUGUACUUUGUGCUAUCCGGUAAAUGAACAGAUUGCCAGAGAGCUGUUUGUAUUGGCCCUGUUUAUAUUUAUAUUUUUUCUAUAUGUCCAUUUUCACACUUAGACUGAAUCUGAAUUCAACCAACACUGCCUUCAGUGAAUACCCAAAUUGUAAUUUAUUGGAUUUUCCUCAAAUUGUGCUAUUUUCACAUACAAAGACUUCCUAAACAGGUUAUAGUUCAAAAUAAGAAGAAAUUAAUUUAGCCUAUUUUGACCUUAAACUCACUUUUGAGGUCUUUGCAUAUUUUGCAGUUACUACCAUAGUUGAUAUGUGGCAACAUGGGUAAGAAAUUAACUAAAUAUACUAUCUUGAGGGAGCCACUAUCUUUCAUACAGUGUUCAUCAGUAAAAAAUGGAAAGCCGUGAACGGGACAAUGGGAUUCUGCAUAGAAAAACGUGUGCAAAGUGAGACUAAAAAUCUGUUUUAACACCAUAUGGGAAGUGCUCUUCUUCCGUCAUUGGCUACCUGGCAGCCUCCUAUUGUUUCCUAAUAGUGAUCAUUAGGGCGGCAAAUAAGCAGAACAAAAAUCGCCCUUAGUAGACAGGCCAGCUUACUAAAAAAAGAGAAUGUUACCUGCGUACUGGCCCAAAUCCCUAUGUACAUUUAAACAAAAUGGAGGCUCUUUAGUUUUAUUCCAAUGGCCAUUUGAAUAUAAGCUCACCUGCCACAUCAAGGCAAGCCUCAGAAGGUGAGUCCCACUCUAGUCAUUAGAUUGCCAAGAAUUUCCAAUGAGAAAUGAAGGGGUAUUUUAGAAACCCUUUCACAUUUAACCCUUUAUAGGGCUUCUACACAUACAAUAAACGUUGCUGGUAUCAGACAAAGUGUAAACAUCUCUAAUGAGACAUGAAUGGAUGUUUUAGAAACCCCUACAUACUUGUUAACCCUAAAUCACCUGGAAAGGCAAAUUUCUCUGUUGAGACAGGAAGGGGUGCUUCCCCUACAUACUUAUAAACUCUUAACAAGACAAACAUGGGGUGGCUGGCAACAAUGUAACAUAGCUGUGGUUACAGCAGCAGUAGCUUAAUAUCCAACAGCUCCAAAUAUAUACUUACUAACCUGCCUACUGGGCUCUGAUUGGCUAUUUGCACCAGGGGGUGGAGUUGUCAGACACAAUUGGAUUGUGAUGUACUAUCUCCCUCCCCGCUCAAGCAUUUCCCUCCUGCAACUCCAUAUGAGAAUCAGACUGGCGGCAAGCACCUCUUUACCACCAUGCCCGCAUAACCCCAGCUCCUUCCCCUAAAAGCUCUUGCCGGAUUGUCCCCUCACUCCCGGGGUGUCUGUAUAGCUUAUAGCUUAGUAAGAUUAAAUAAAGCCCCUGAGGACUGGAUAGAAGCGCAGCUGCUUGUCACCUUUACUCACUAGCUGGCUCCCCCCAUGUUCCACAGACAGGCACUGCUCCAGCUGCGGUGCCUGCCUCAUUCAUUCCUCUACUCUCACCAUGUAAAGCAGGCACCUCUCCAGAUACUUUACUUUAAUGUUAAUAAAAUGUAAUGAUCCCCCCGCAGACAGUACCUGCCCUGACACCCCCCCAAAAUACCACAUAGUAACAGUCACUAAAGCAGCCUGGCUACUGGGCACUUUUUUAAAGUUAUUCUUAUUUUAUUUUAGUUAUAACAUUUUGUCCCGAUGAGAAUCACCUCAUGAGAAUUUUUUUAUAACUAAAACUAAAAAGCUGAAUGCAAAGUUAUCUGCUUCAGUAUUUCAAUAUACAUUUUUUUUUUUCUAUUAAAUCAAUUUUUCAUUUUACCGUUAACAUUUUUUGUAAAGGAAAUCCUUUGGUGGCAUCUUGUGGCUAAACUGUGUAUUACACUUGUAAUUUUAGUAUUUAUUUUACUCAUUAAUAUGUCUAUAUGGUUUAUUCCCUGUGGUAUGGUACACAUAUUUGGAGAUAGAAGAGCAAUAUAGACAGGGCCGGAUUUCCCAUUAAAGGGAUUCUAUAGUGUUAGGAAUACAAAUCGGUAUUAGUAACACUAUAGUGCCCUUGCGCAGAUUCAAAUACAUGUAUAUUAGACUGGCGCCAGCCGCCACUGGUAUAUUGACCAUUGCUUUAAUUUGUAAUUACCAACAAUUCUCAGCUUCUUGAAUUACCAUGUUUUAUUCUCCAGGUGGCAAGACCCGAAAGAAGUCACGGGAUGCUGAGAAAAGCCCAGAAGAAAGUUCUGUUUUGCAUCUAAUCACAUGAAAAGUAUGACCCAACGAUUAUUAACAUGCGAACUGCUGUCUUUUAAAAAUAUAUAUAUAUAUUAUACGUACAGGUGAUGAAAAGGAAUUUUCUGUCUGAUUUCAAGAAGUCCUAACUGCUUUCAUUUUUUACUAAAUAUUCUUGUGCCUGAGCACUUAUAUUGCAGGACAGCGAUUUUUCUAUUGCUUUACAUCUGCCAAAACUGUUACUAUGCAUUCUGGUUAGAUAAAUGUUGCAAAUAUUCUUAACUGAUGUGCUCUUAAGUGUUCUGUCAUCAUUGUUUUACAACCAAUUCCAGUUUCAUUCUAUGGCAAAUGGAAUCCUUAAGUUGCCAAAGUUACAGUGUUUUAAGGGUUCAGUAAUCUGUAUCAUUUUGCUUAAGUGAUCAUACAUGUACAUGUUGAGUUAUCAUACGUGCCAUUCCUUAAGUUAUUCAUUUCAUAAUUGUCUUCAAAAUACUACAUAGGAAGUGCAAUAUUAUUAUUUUUCUAUAUCUGUUAAGAGUACUGAUAUUUGUUUAUUUGUUGGCUAUAAAUUUGCUGUUAAGUCUGUGUGUAGCACGGUGGCCCUUUUAGUAAUACUAGAUUUCUAUAUUGUUAAAUUAGGCAGCUUAUCUAAACUCUGCAUAUAAUGGAGAUCCUGUCAUCCCACACUAGGCUGAAUCGCACUAUUGUUGGAUGCCACACUCCACUUUGUAGCAGUGCAAGUAUGUGCGCGCACAACACUGAGUAGGACUAAGUUUGCCAGAUUUCCAUUUUUUGAGCACUUGGAAAGUGCUUCCUUGUGGUAUGUAGCAUUUGUAUGCUAUAGAUGGGAACUUAAAUGGUUAGUCUAAGCACCAUAAAAGCUUUCUCCUGAUGUAAAAGUUGACAGUGCAAACAGUAGCAAAAACUAAAGGAAAGCGUGUUAUAUCAAAGUGAAUUCUACAUACUGCAGGGGAACCAUUUUCAUGCCCUGCUCAUUUCUUUAUAGGAAUGAAAUGUCCAAGAAGACAUAAUGAAUCUGGCAGCAUGUGAAAAGUGUAACAUUUAAAGGGACACCAGAACUUCAGCUUCAUGUAGUUGUCCUGGUGUCUACGGCCUGUCCCUGCAGGCUUUUUAAAGUAAACACUGCCUCUUCAAAAAAAGGCAGUGUUUACAUUGCUGCCUAGGAACACCUCUUGUGGCAGUCACUCAGACAGCUAUUAGAGGUGCUUCCUGGGUCAGUGCUGCACAGUGUGCAGCACUGAUGUUCAGCUGAAUAUUCCCCAUAGAGGGGAGAUGCUGAUUAACGUUAUGAUUUGCAGCGCAUGAGCAAUAGCUUCCCAAUGCUUUCCUAUAUGAAAGCAUUGGAUUGGCUGAGACAGUCACAUUUGAUGAUCUCGGCCAAGGAGGAAGAGCCAGCCAUGGCGAGACUGGCAUGGCACUGGUAUGUAAACUAGCUUUUUAAGGGAAGCAAGGUGGGUGGGCUACCUAAACAGUGUUUUUACAACUCUAGUGUCAGGAAUACAUGUUUGUGUUCCUGACACUAUAGUGUUCCUUUAAUCUAUAUAUUUACUAGUGACUUCACCCAUCUAGCACCUUGUAUCAAAUUGUAAUAAUUCCCUGAAGACAACCUAGCAAGCCUCACAUUUUUUAGGUUGAGUCUGCAUUAUCAAGUUUAGUUACCUAAGAGUUUAUUUUAAUUCUUUGUGUUGAGUUCUUUCAGAUGAAUCCGAUAUUUAAAGAAAAUACAUUGUGUGCCACUUGGAUGUUUCUGGAAUAUAUAUAACGGCACAACCGAGAAAUCUAUAAAAGGUUUUAUUUUUAUGAUGAUAUGUGUACGUCUGUAGGCUGGUAUAAAUAUACUUCAAAAAAUACAGAUCUAUUUUGAAUAUGAAAAUGGAGAGACAUUUUGGUACGUGGAACUGCAAAACCUGUACAUUUGUUAUCUGUAGUGUAUGUUUGUAUAUGGAUCUGUUAUAUUGCAUGUAAAUUCCACAAAAAGGGGGAAAAAUUAUUUAUCACAGUAUAUUUUUCACAAAAGUGUCAUACAUAAAAACAAGUUGCUUUUUAGUAUUAUAUUUGCAAAUAGGAGCGAGUAUUGUUCAAUUAAAGGGAAACCAAUAUCUUGUUUGUUUAUUUUUGAAGGAGACUCAAGUUGAUCUUGUAGGUAAAUGUAGAACUACAUGAGCACCAGGAUUAAGAAAAUAUUUCUGGCAUGCAAUUUGGGUCCAUUUAAUGAUUGCAGAAUAUGCCACAUUUCUAUUUCUAAUAUUUUAAUAUAUAACAAGUACAAGUUGCUUGAAAGACAUUUAUAUAAAACUCGCCUCCACUUCUGCCAACUCAAGUAGUUCCUUGCUAAAGCCUACAUGAACAGGUGAAACCUGGUCAAUAAAAACUAUUUACCCAAGAAGAGUCUGCCUAGAUGUUAGUUAAGUCUUCUCAGGGGGGUUUAAACCCAAAAUGAUAGUGACCUGAAAUCCAGAUGCUAAAUAGAGGGAAACAAUAGUUAGAGUUGUGUAUAGCCCGAUUCCUCAGUAAGCUAUAUCAGCAUACAGAUUUCACAAAUAAACCCAAGUAUCAGGACUACCGACUAAAGUGAUUAUUGUUGGGAAUGCAAUGUCAGUUUCAGAUUUUAGACCAAAAUAGCUGAAUUUGAACGCAUGACUUUGGCCUUAAAAUUCACCUUGACUUCCCACCAAUUCUCACUUUGGUCAGUAACCAUGAAUGUUGAGAUUCUGCCUCUGAUCUGAUAUACAAGUCAUUGGAAAUGCUUGAUGACGCACACUUCCUUUGCCUUUUUCUACGCAUUUGUGAUAUAAAAGAGAUUGCUUCCAUAAAUGUAUACAUACGUCUACUUGCUGGAUUUUAAAUGAGUGUGACAGCUCCUAUUAGUAUUACAUAUGCACCCAAAGCUUUGCUGAGAAAGGUUCUCUAUUUUAAAGCUAAGCACACAAUUUAUGAUAUACUGAGUGAAGGGUACCUUUCAUUCUUCUUUCUGGGUUAAACUUUCAACUUUAAUCCGUUUCACCGAGUUGGUGAUUAUAACCAAAAUGAUAUGAAAGUGAAUGGAAAGCCACAGUACACGUUGGGGGGAUAUGACAGUUAUUAUAUAAAUAUACAGCAAGGACAUUCAUCUUGAGUUCAUAGGUUUGGUUAAACACUCAAAGCACCAUAAAAACUAUAUAGCAUAUUUUAGAGAUUAUAGCAUAGGUAAUUUACUAGUGCAGUCACAUGAUUUUAAUUUUCAGAAUUUUUUUUUAUUUUAAGACUUGACUAAAAAUAAAGUGUGGGAGCCAAUUAAGUUUAAUUUUCACAAGUCUCAAUACAAACUUUUACAAACACUCUAGGCUCCAGUUUACCCUCUAUUUUACAUUUUUUUUUAUUAAACAAAACGAAAAAUGAUCCAACACAAAACUCUUAUGUUAGUUGCCAAAACAGAUGAUUUGUCCCCUUAUGCAAAGGCUUUAGCAGAACCAAUUACUUCAUAGUAAUUAGAACGUGACUAAUCGAUCAAACAAUGGACCCUGUAAUGUUUCCAUCUAGACAGUUGGGUAAAGGGCUGAUGUGAUGCCAAAAUGUCAUGUGUACUAUUUGGAUACCGAAUACAGAAACCCCUAAAUUUGAGAGGUUUGCAUUGGAUCCUUUUAAUUUUUCUGCUAUAAAAAACUUGUUUUGGAACAUGUAUGCAUACACUCUGUCAGCUUUUGCACCCUCUUUAUACUUUUGACCCAGAGUCAUCCCUUGGUUUGCAUUUUGAAAGCCAAAUCAUAUCUUAUAAAACACUUGCACUGCACAGGUUUAUGGGAUAGAUGGUUUAGCAGUGAGCCUUUUGGUAAACAAAACUACUUACAUAAUCGCUCCAUUCCUGGAUUCAUGAAUUAAAUUACAUGACCACACAUGCCCAUUCUCCUCAAUGUGUUGGUUUAAUGUCCAUUGUUUCCCACAGCUGAUGUGUUUGUGGUGAUUUUUUUUUCUUUAUAAGAGUGGUGGGAUUCGAUAGUAAUGCUAGCGUUUGUGUAUUCAGGUUUUCAUUUUUAUGUAUACUCCAUGUGUAAAAGCAAACUUCAUGGAGAGUAGAACGAGUCUUUGUGAUUGUGUGAAUGUGUUUAUGCAUUGGAAUAUUUGUGUAAAAUGUCAGCGUGUUGGAGCAGACUGCGUUUAUAAAUAUAGGCUAGCCCCCAUGUGAAUGCAGAGAUGUAUUUGUGAGGCGUAUCAGUAUGUGAAUUUUAUUUUUUCUGUAAUCCAUCACUCCUUCCUUACUCAACCUCUCCCUUCCACCAAGUGUGCCCCUACCUCAGCUCAAACUCCAUCACACCACUCAAUGAUCUGUUUAAAAACCAUGCUUGUAUACCCACACACAGCAUUCUGAACAACUGGGAGACUUACCAAUGCAAGCACGGCUGCUAUUCUGGGGCAAAAAGUAGAAAAUCUAAACAUAAGACAUGCUGCAUAUGUAUUUUGAUAAAUCUACCCCUCCAUCUCACUUGACUCAACUAACUGCUUCAUCGCGCCAUAACCACAACAAGCUAAAGGGGUUAUGGUGCUUAAAACAUCUUUAGUUUUGAAAUUAAGCAAACAAAAACCAUUCUUUAAUACUGGUAAACUACUUGCUGUACACAUUAGGCCUUUUAGUUACUGCACAUCCUGUUUAACAAGCGAAUAGUAAACGGGAUAAUCACUGGACAAGAAAUGUCCCAUUGCUUAUUUUUGUACUGUAUUUGCUGUAUCUUCCCUUCUAUAAAAAUAAAAAGCAUAUUUGGAUGUCUGUCUAUC